AUGGACACUGUGGGGGCAGACCCCUCAACGCACCCAGGCCCUCUGACUCACCUGAGCCUGCCGGACAGCUCGGAGGCGCGGCCGCGGAGUGGAGCCGACGGGCGGAGCCUCCCGGGCAGUUGGACCAGGUCAUCCGCAGAGCCCGCCUCGGUCCUGAGGGAAGGUGUGCGCCAGUGCCUACAGCAACAGUGCGAGCAAACGGUGCGGAUCCUGCACGCCAAGGUGGCCCAGAAAUCAUAUGGAAAUGAGAAGCGGUUCUUCUGCCCCCCGCCCUGUGUCUACCUUGCAGGUCCCGGAUGGAGGGUGAAGCCAGUGCAGGGCCAAGCCCACCAGGCAGGGGAGACCGGGCCCAUCGUCUGCGGUUACAUGGGACUGGACGGCGCGUCCGGCAGCGCUGCCGAGACGCAGAAGUUGAAUUUCGAAGAGCAGCCGGACUCCAGGGAAUUCGGUUGCGCCAAGACCCUGUACAUCUCGGACGCAGACAAGAGGAAGCACUUCCGGCUGGUGCUGCGGCUAGUGCUGCGAGGUGGGCGGGAACUGGGCACUUUCCACAGCCGCCUCAUCAAGGUCAUCUCCAAACCCUCGCAGAAGAAGCAGUCGCUGAAAAACACCGACCUGUGCAUAUCCUCGGGCUCAAAGGUCUCCCUCUUCAACCGCCUGCGCUCCCAGACGGUCUCCACGCGCUACCUUUCUGUAGAGGAUGGGGACUUCGUGGCCAGUGCACGCCAGUGGGCUGCCUUCACUCUCCACCUGGCUGAUGAACACUGUUCCCAGGGAGACUUCCCACCUCGAGAGGGCUACGUCCACUACGGCUCCCUGGUGCAAUUGAUCUGCACGGUCACAGGCAUCACACUACCUCCGAUGAUCAUCCGCAAAGUAGCUAAACAGUGUGCACUCCUCGACGUGGAUGAGCCCAUCUCCCAGCUGCACAAGUGUGCGUUCCAGUUCCCAGGUGGUCCUCCGGGAGAGGGUGGCACCUACUUAUGUCUCGCCACAGAGAAGGUGGUGCAGUUUCAGGCCUCCCCGUGCCCCAAGGAGGCGAACAAGGCGCUGCUCAACGACAGCUCUUGCUGGACCAUCAUCGGCACCGAGUCAGUGGAAUUCUCCUUCAGCACCAGCCUGGCGUGUACCCGGGAGCCUGUCACUCCGGUGCCUCUCAUCAGCACCCUCGAGCUGAGCGGCGGGGGCGAUGUGGCAACACUGGAGCUCCACGGUGAAAACCUCCACGCGGGGCUCAAGGUUUGGUUCGGGGAAGUGGAGGCCGAAACCAUGUACAGGAGCCCGCGGUCCCUAGUGUGCGUGGUACCAGACGUAGCCGCCUUCGGCAGCGACUGGCGCUGGCUGCGCACACCCAUCACAGUGCCCGUGAGCCUCGUGCGUGCCGACGGCCUCUUCUACCCCAGCGCCUUCUCCUUCACCUACACCCCCGAGUACAGCGUGCGGUCCGGACCUCUGGGCGAUUCCGCGCCCGCCGCUGACGCCGAUGCGCUCCUGGAGAGCAUCCAUCACGAGUUUACACGCACCAACUUCCACCUCUUCAUCCAGACGUAGUAGGCGCGGCCCGGACGCUGGGCCUGAGCCCCGGUCGCUUUUCUGGGUCCUGGGCCCUGCCCUCUGCCCCUGUGCUGCGGAAGGGAAGGCUGCAGCCCGAGCAGCAGAAGCCUCUCGCCGUAGAAACGCGUCCCUGUGGGUCUAGCACGGGUCACUCCCUCGUCCUUUUCCAG